AUGGCUUCCGAUUCAUCAUUCAGCCCAGCACAGAGAUCACCACUUGUUGCCUACCACGUGCUCAAAGCGCUUGGACUGAGACUGCUUGCCCAUUUUCCAAUAUUACGGAAUAAUUUUGGGCUCAGUAAUGAAACCCCCAAGCAGAUCAUGCGGACUUCGGUCCCAAUGGCUAUUGCUGGCCUUACUAUUCAUAUCUUCCCGAUUCUGGUCUCGGCCGUCAUAAUCGCUCUGAACAUGAAAUAUCUGUUCUUAGGUCGAUCGCUCCCAGGUAUCAUAUACGACGAUAACAUUACCACUGCGAUCUUCCAGGUUAUGGCCAAGAUACAUGAACUCCUCAUUGUUUCCAGCCUAAGCACUAUCAUUUUUAGCGCUGUCCGAGUACAGCUCUUAUACGGCACCGGUGUGCCGCUGGGAAUGCUAUGCUCGGGGUUUAAUUUUCCCCAGAUCACGUAUUUCUGGUCAGAGGAAUACUGGGGCGCCAUGACAGCUCCCUUACCACGUCGCACACUUUUCCCUUUUGGUUUGCUUCUUCUCACGGCUGGACUGAUCGCAGUGACGGCCGGGCCUGCCUCAGCUCUUCUAAUGCUUCCCCGGCAGCAAGCUUGGAGUGCUGGAGGUACUUCUUUCUACCUCAGGGGUCUGAUCGACGACCUGCAGCCAAGCCGAGUUGUUGCUGCGGAGUCCACGAUGAAUAAAAAGUGCUUGAAUUCAAGCGGAAUCAGUCUCUCUACGUGCCCAAGCAGUGGGUUCCUUUCGUUGAUGUCAUAUGCUAUGAAACAGCAGAACAUCAAGAAUGGAGACAACCUUCGUCCGCCGGCCCUAGGUAUCACUGGACAAUUCGGUGAGCUAAACGUCACCAUCGAUAGCGUGACAACGCAUAUCCCAUCAUCACAACUUGCUGGUGAUAUCCGCGGUGUCGCUUGUCAGACCUCAGUUCUGGGCUCGUGGAUUCCUGUUACGAUGUAUCAGGACGUCCUCUACAACGACUGGAUUCAAGCCUACGAUUCUAUCUACUAUGAGACUAGUAAACUCAAUGAGCUAAGCCAGUUCGAAUAUAAGUACAAUUUCGGAUCAUCCUAUUCAACGAGAACAUCAAUUCCUAUCGUGCGCACUGCCUGCUCUCCAGCACAAAAUGUCUCUAGCAAUCAAAUCACAGUGGAUUUUCCCAUACUUCCAAGAUACUCCUGCUGGAAUGAUACCGCGUCGAUCGACUUUCGGGGGCUUGAGUCCAAAGCCUCCCGACAAUUGAAAGUCACCUGGCUUCCACUCCCAUCAGCUUUCGGAACUACAAGUACUGGAAUGGUAUUUGAGUCGCCAUGGUCCUAUGAUGGUGGCUCAAGAAUUGUUGUUGGGUGUUCCAUUGAUGCAAGGUGGAUAGAUGGGAGAGUCGGAGGUUCAUUCGGCCGUCCUCCAGUAUUCGAUAUCAAUAGUCGCAAUUUCUCGGAGUCCUGGGGUCUGUCGUUGAUGGGACUAUCUAGCCAAUUCCGCCCCUCCGAUGAUGGAUCAUGGACUUCGAUCACGCUUGAUGAGUCAUGGCUUGCGAGUCUAACGCCAUUGAAGGAGCCGCCAAGUCCUUUGAGUUCUAAUAUGACAACCUUUGAAACGAUACUCCAGAGUUCCGCCCUGAUUGACCACGACCUAAUGUAUUCUGAUGAUCCUGCAACCUUAUGGAAUGAGGUUAUUCUUGGCUCAUCGAAUAGGACAAUUUUCCUGGAAUGGUUGACAUCCCUGUUGAUAAGCGAUGGCUUGUCAAGAUAUGGCAGCGAAAGGGUACUGAAUUUUACUGGGCCCCCGUCGGAAUGGUCUUUAAUGGAUUAUCACAAGGAGUCGGACUACAAUUCUCGGCUCUUGCAUGGAAUUAACGUGCUUCAACCGCCAAAGGGCGUGGAGUAUACAACUUUUGAAGUGGAAUUCACCCUUCAAGGACUGUCGUACCAAGCUCAGAUCAUCACGGACUACCUGUCGAUCGCAGUACUAUCGGCACACAUUGUCCUUGCCUUAGUUCAUACGGUCUACGUGCUUCGAGUCCAUCAGUCAUCAGACGCUUGGGGUACGAUAAUAGAACUCAUUAUCCUGGCAUACAAUUCACACCCCACAUCGGCGAUGCUCCACAAUAUCUCGGCUGGUAUCAAAUGCAUAAAGACUUAUCAAAAGGUUGUCAUUGUUCGCGAAACACAUGUUGACAGACCCACUGCACACGAACGGGAUGGUGAUCACAAGCAGGCCGAACUGAUUGUUUUAACAGAUAAUGAGGGCCUCCGUGGACGGAAGAGCGGUCGCUCUGUGAGCCGUACAUGGCCACUAAUGUCCUCGCAAUCGACAUCGAAUAUUGAGCUCACCGAAAACAGAGCGUUUCCCUCUAAUCCUGCGACAUCACUCAUUCGGUGGUAUCCUCGGUCAAGUUCAGGGAAUUCUACCGCAAGAAGGCGACUUUUGGAUGGCCCAGAGGAGCAACAACGUAUCAAGUUGAAUGGAUUUUAUUCGUAA